AUGUAUCCUAGGCUCACUAAGGGGCGAGUGGCAGUGGCUGGAAAUCGCAAACUCCACUUUGGCAAGAAGUACGAAGCGACUGCGUCUCAACUGUCCAAGGACUAUAAUGUCGUUGACCAUACCUACGAUGCCGUGGUUGUCGGGGCUGGUGGAGCUGGGUUGCGGGCAGCUUUCGGGCUCGUUGCCGAGGGCUUCAAAACGGCCGUCAUCACGAAACUAUUUCCCACUCGGUCGCACACUGUUGCCGCGCAAGGAGGCAUCAAUGCCGCUUUGGGUAACAUGGAGGAAGACGACUGGAAAUGGCAUAUGUACGAUACCGUGAAAGUCUCUCGCAAGCCGCCGGUUAGCGACUUCAUACGCAAAGGCGGACAAGCUCACAGAUGCUGUGCUGUGGCUGACCGAACAGGACACUCGCUUCUCCACACGCUGUACGGCCAGAGUUUGAAGUACGACUGCAACUACUUCGUCGAGUACUUUGCCCUGGACCUGCUGAUGGAAGAUGGCGAGUGCCGAGGAGUGAUUGCCCUGUGCAUGGAAGACGGUUCGAUUCAUAGAUUCCGUUCCAAGAACACGAUUCUCGCCACUGGAGGCUACGGACGCGCGUAUUUCUCGUGCACCUCGGCUCACACUUGCACCGGCGACGGCACUGCGAUGGCCACUCGAGCAGGACUCCCGAAUGAAGAUUUGGAAUUUGUGCAAUUUCAUCCCACGGGUAUUUACGGUGCCGGGUGUCUCAUCACUGAAGGAUGUCGCGGGGAAGGAGGAUUCUUGAUCAACUCUGAAGGAGAACGCUUUAUGGAGCGUUACGCCCCCGUUGCCAAGGAUUUGGCCUCACGAGAUGUCGUAUCCCGGUCCAUGACGAUUGAAAUCCGCGAAGGUCGUGGAGUUGGACCCCGCAAGGAUCACGUUUACUUGCAAUUGCACCACUUGCCCCCGGAUCAACUUGCGGCUCGUCUCCCCGGCAUUUCCGAAACUGCGAUGAUUUUUGCUGGCGUCGACGUGACCAAAGAACCCAUUCCGGUCUUGCCGACUGUUCAUUACAACAUGGGCGGUGUACCGACCAACUGGAAGGGUCAAGUCAUCACUCACGAGAACGGUAAAGACAAGGUGGUCCGCGGUUUGUAUGCUGCUGGUGAAGCCGGUUGUGCGUCUGUGCACGGGGCUAAUCGUCUCGGAGCCAAUUCUCUUCUGGAUUUGGUCAUCUUCGGCCGUGCGUGUGCGCACGCCAUUUCCCAAGAAAACAAGCCGGGCGAGAAGAUCGGAGACCUUUCACCGAAUGCCGGUGAGGCUUCCGUGUCCAACAUGGACAAGCUGAGGUUUGCCAACGGUGCUAUCCCAACUGCUGCUUUGAGGUUGGAGCUGCAGCUUGCCAUGCAAAACCAUGCUGCAGUGUUCCGAACUGGUGAUGUUUUGAAGGAAGGUGUUGUUCAAGUGUCGAAAGCUUAUGGGAAAAUGAAGGACCUCAAGGUUUCCGACCGCGGCUUGUGCUGGAACACCGACUUGGUGGAGACUUUGGAGCUGCAGAACCUGAUGAUCAAUGCGAUGCAAACCAUUGUUUCAGCCGAAGCCAGGAAAGAGAGUCGUGGUGCUCAUGCCAGGGAGGAUUUCAAGGACCGCGUUGAUGAAAUCGAUUAUUCGAAGUCGAAAGAAGGCCAGAAGCCUAAGCCGAUUGAACAACACUGGCGAAAGCACACUCUUUCAACCCAGGAUGUCGAAACCGGACAGGUGACUUUGAAGUACCGACCCGUGAUUGAUGUUACGUUGGACGAAGCGGAGUGCGCCCAUGUCCCCCCAGCGAUUCAAUCCCCUGUAUCCCCUAGUGGCGUGCUUCGUGAUGCAACCCCGGAGCGAUCGCUUCCGAACCCUUCUCUCGAUCGAAAUAGUGACGAUGAACACAUGGGAUUCAAGGACUAUUUAGGUGCCUUUUUCACGGUCUUCGCCAUUGUUGGAUCAGCUGCAGCGUACAUGUACAAUACGGCGCACCCGAACGCACUUCAUCCUUUUCCUAAAAGAACUGACGCACUUUCAAGUGCAGAAGACCUGAGAGCACAAAUGUCCAGCUUGAAAUCACAACUUUAUGAGCAACUCGCGAAGUGGGAUGAAAUACAGAAGCAACGAGAAGCGUCAUCCGAACAAUUUUCCGGAUCAUUGUGUUGUAAAGAACUGCGGGCUGAUAUCAGUGAACUGAUUUCUCGGGUUGGCGAUCAUGACCUAACGUCCAUCGCGAAAGAAUUAAAUGAUCUGAAAGUCGCACAUGAUGAUUUUCGGUAUAAGUCAUCGGAACAGUCGUGCGGUGUGAAAUUGGAAGACUUGGAGAAUGUCGUUGAGUCGAAAAUCAAAAGUUUGAAGAUAUCCCAACCGGUUGCAUCAUAUGACGUCGGAUCAAGCGGGAAUGCCGCGUAUGAUUACGACAAGACCGGUAAACCGGACUACGCGCUUGAAUCGGCGGGAGGAAGCAUUGUAAACACGCGUUGCACGGAGACCUAUCGGAAUUCGUACAGCGUGAAUAAAAUUUUCGGCAUUCCGGUUUGGUGGUGGCGCCCGAAACCGCGCGAGGUGUUGAAUCCCGAUAUGACGCCCGGUCGGUGUUGGGCGAUGUCAGGAACUUCUGGCUCGCUAGUGAUCCGUUUAUCGAUGCCCGUUAUCGUCACUUCUGUGACUUAUGAACACAUACCCGUGCAGAUAAGCGUUAUCGGGAAUAUCGAUUCUGCCCCUCGCGCGUUUUCAGUUCAUGCUCUUCGUUCUGAUCGGGACUUCGAAGGCGCUCACUUGGGUAAUUUCGAAUUCGACAAGAACGGUCAGCCUUGGCAAACGUUCAACGUUGUCAAUGUUCCCGCGAGACCCGUGGAAUUCGUAGAAUUUAAGAUUUUGUCCAAUUGGGGGCAUCCAGAUUACACGUGUUUGUACCGACUGCGCGUUCACGGAGACUUGACCAUGCGCCCAUCUUGAGCGUUUGAAUCCGUCGCUGUAUUUCAUGUUUUCUUCUCUCAUUUCGCAGUGUUGUUCUUCUCAUCGAAUACCAUGAUUAAAACAUACUUUUACCAAGAU